AUGGGGGCAGUAUCCCUGUCUCAGCCGAUUCCGCGAGCUCGUUCUCCCGCACUCAACGGCCAUGCUGCGAUCGCCCAACAGACGAACAGCAAGCUUCCGCCAAAAACCGUAUGCGUGGAGCUUACUCGGCUAUACUUCGACUUCAUCCACGACAAGUUCCAUUCCUUGUUCCAUGAGCCGAGCAUGAUCCAGGAUGUGCUAGAAGAUCGAGCGCCUCUGAUCCUUCUCUACGGGAUAUUGGCCCUAUCGGCAAGGUUUUCAAAGAACCCUUUUUUUCAAGGCUCCGAAGCUCGUGAACGGGACCGGGAGUAUAGCGCUGAGUGCAAGCGACUUCUAAACCUCGACGACAUCUCCUUGAUCACGGUCCAAGCAUGUGUUUUGCUCGGGGCAGCGGCCAUCGCCGAAGGGAAGCCGGCGGCAGAAUCAGUCUACUAUGCGGUCGCCUGUCGGAUAACCCAGCUCCUCGAUCUACCCAACCGGUCCACAGCGAGUCCCAUUGAGAAGGAGGUUAACAUUCGAGUUUGGUGGACACUCUGCUUGAUUGAUGUCUGGUCAUCGACAGGCGUAGGUCUUCCUCGGCAUAUGAUGCAUCGGGAUGAUGUUCCAUUGCCGAUGGAUGAAAGAGUGUUCAAUCAAUUGAAGCGUGAAGACACAAGCCCAGACGAGGUUUCACCUCGUCCAGGGGCAUCUUUGAUUGCGCAGAUGAUUAAAUUGAAUCUAAUCUUAGCAGAGAUAUACGAGAUUAAUAACAUGGCAGCGACAGGAAGAGCUGACGGCGCCGCGUUAGAAACGGCCGUUCGGAAUGCAUCUCAUCGCCUGGAUGAAUGGCAGGCUGCUCUGCCUGACUACAUGCGCGACACACCGGCGAACAUGGUUCGGUACGCUUCCGAAGGGCUCGGCCGAACGUUCGUCGCUCUGCAUGUCGGAUAUUACCAUUACGGACAGCUGCUCUUCUACCAAUUUCUCCACCAGGACUCCCAUGCGUCAGUGCCAAGCACUCACUUUUACGCGAACAAGUGCAAGGUCCACGCUGCCGGGCUUUGUGAACUCCUCUACACUGCCAACGCCACUCCGGACUGCGAGGUGCUGUAUACUAUGGUCGGCCACAUCCUAGUGAUCUCGUCCACCGUCCAACUCUAUAUUCUGCUCUUCGGCAUCGACGACGAGGAGAUCAAAAUUGCACGAACACGGCUGGAACGCAAUUUUGAGAUCCUGCAGCGUCUUCGAACCUUCUGGCCCACCCUAGACGUGUCCUUCACUCGGCUCCGAGCAUUUCACAAGGCCUGCCGGGUCUCCAUGGAGACCUCGUUCCGGUUAGAUCAGUGGAUGCUGCGCUUUCUGUCCGAGUUCGCCCAGCCUGUUGGUGACAGAUAUUCAGAGGACGCCGACUCCAGCUCCUGGAGAGUGGAAAACAUCGGCACAAGCCCGUCGGAUUUUCAAGUCUCUCUCACUAAUUAG